AUGUUUAUACAUAUUCUUAUAUUCUUGUUCUUGUAUACGAAAUGUAUAUUCUCAUAUUCUUAUAUAGAUAUCAAUAUUACCUGUGUUGUGCAUAACUCACAUAAGGAACUAUUUUUCAUUCUUUUUUUUCUAAAUUUUCUUUCUUUUUCUAUUCUUUCUUUCUCUUUUUUCUUUUUUCUUCCCUUUUUGCUCCCAAUCUGUUCCUUUUCCCUAUCUCCCUAUCUAUGUUCACAGAUAGAUAUCAAUAUCACUUAUAUCAAAAUUACCUGUAAAAUCCACGAACCUCAACAGGAACUUUCUUUGUUUCUUUGUUUCUUUGUUUGUUUGUUUCUUUCUUUCUUUCUUUCUUGCUUGCUUUCGUUCUUAAUUUUAUUUCCUUCUUUCUUUCUUUCUUUCUUUCUUUCUUUCUUUCUUUCUUUCUUUCUUUCUUUUUCCUUUCUUUCUCUUUUUUAUAUCAGAAUUACCUGUAAAAUCCACGAACCUCAACAGGAAAUUUCUUUCUUUCUUUCUUUCUUUCUUUCUUUCUUUCUUUCUUUCUUUCUUUCUUCAGAGCCUUUUAUUAUUCCAGAGGCCGAAGCUGAGAUAGCAAUCACUGAUGAUGAUGAAAAUAUUAAUAAAUCGUCACUUCUUCACCCAUGA